AUGGCUUUCACAGGUUCCAUCCCUCGUGCGACACGCAGUACGAGUGUGCCACCUCUUCGAAGAUCCGCUCGCCUAGCUGGAGAGCCCCCAGGAGGUGAAUGGGAACUGCGCUAUCACAUAGAAACACAUUGGGGUCCAGUAGUGGAGCGAAGAAUCAGGUGGAACAGAUACGAGGCCAGAUCUUCCGGUGACUGGGCAUACCGAGUGGACAAGACUUCUCGGAGCAAAGCCUUCUAUCCCGGACAGCUCAUCCUAGCCAUGGACACGCAUCCCCAAACUGUUUUGAGCAAACGGCUGGACGACAAAGAGAUUGCACAAACAGACUGUGGGCCUGUGCAUGCGAAAAUGCGGGUUAUGGUCGUUAUUAACAACACACACAAUGGCGUCUUAUGUUUGCCCAUGUCCACCCAAUCCUCGACCGCAAGAUUGCCUGCGGAGAGGGUACGAGAAUUGGUCAUGGUUAGUAAGGGAUUUCCUUCUCAGGGGUCAACGCUCUGGGCAGGACGACCACUCCACAUGACAAUGUAUGCCGGCGGACAUAAUGCAGAAAAGUCUUUCAUCGAUCUGUGUCAGCCCAUCCAUAUUCUCGCUCAAUCAAGGAUCAAAGAUGUUGGCUAUAUCUCUGGUGGAGACUAUGCUAGAUUGAUCAGGCUUUUGACAUAUAAGGAGAAUGAAGCGAGGAGAGCUGCAUUCUUGUCGUAUGGAGUUCAGUACUUCCCGAACCAGAUGUGGACGCCAGACACAAACCGAUCUCGACCUAUAAGCGCCACUAAGGUCAGGAUGAACCAAGUCACAUCCAUGAGAUGGCGAUAG